UAGUGCAUUGACAUUUUUUUACAAUUAUUUUUUGUCAGUCAUCAAAGCUAGAUAUUUCGAUUAUACUUAUGUGAUUUUUGACGUAGAAUGCCGCACUCGCAUCGCCGUUCCAGUACUUCUCUGGUGUCAGGCCGUCGUCAGAGCUAUGCUCCGACGGUCGACAUCACCUCAGAGCUAAACCUCCUCAAGGAAGAGACGCACACGGGAGACCACUUCCUGACGCCCGCCCAGCUAGAGACAGUGUACCGCACCAAUAUCCAGACUGGACUCACAGAGAGUAUCGCCAAGGAACUCUUAGAGCACCACGGUCCCAACGCCCUCGUCGAACUAAAGGGCAAUAGCCAUUGGAAAAUAUUUCGACACAAUCUAUUUGGAUGGUUCCAAUGUGUUUUGUGGGCAGGUGCUAUACUCAAUUUCCUAGCUUACUUUUUCUCAGGUUGGAUGGAUUCAGGUAGUAGUAGUAGCGGACACACUUCGGAAGAGUACCUUUAUCUCGGAUGUGUUAUUACGGGCACUGUAUUAGGUACCGGACUAUUCGGAUACUAUCAGGAAGCAAAAAAUAUGCAAGCUAUGAGCGGUUUCCAGAACAUGGUCCCUCCUAAUGCAGUCGUCAUCCGAGAUGGCGUCAAAAAAAUAAUACCUAAUGUUGAUAUUGUCCUGGGAGAUAUCGUUGAAAUGGCUGGCGGGGAAAUCGUACCUGCUGAUGUACGAAUCUUACAAUGUACCAAUUUUAAAACAGACAUGGCAUCUCUGACCGGCGAAUCGGAACCGAUAUCGCACAAAACCGAAUGCACUCAUACUAAUCCUUUAGAGUCAAAGAACAUGGCAUAUUUUGGCUGUCCCAUAGUAGAAGGCUCGGCAUUGGGUGUUGUUGUAGCUGUAGGAGAGAUGACACAGAUUGGAAAAAUAGCUGGUUUGGUGACUGGACUCGAAAAAGAGGAGACACCUAUAGCUAAAGAAAUCACACACUUUAUAAAAUUAAUCUGCGGAGUGGCAUUCGCUUUCGGCUUUUUAUUCUUUUUGAUGGUUUAUUUUAUUCAGAAGAGUUGGUUAUCUGCUUUGCAAUAUAUGCUGGGCAUAAUUUUAGCAAACGUGCCAGAAGGUUUGAUAGUCACGUUGACCGUUUGCAUGACUCUGUCUGCUAAUCAAUUGAAGAAAAAAAAUUGCCUCGCAAAAACUCUGCAAGCUGUUGAAACCCUCGGCUCCACAUCCUGCAUAUGUUCGGAUAAAACUGGUACGCUAACAGAGAAUCAGAUGACGGUUUCACAUUUAUUCUGUAAUUAUUCAAUUUAUGACAAGUCCGAUCACAGCCAUGUGGCCGAUGCCACAUACACCCAAUUAUGUUUAGCUGCUUCCUUAAACCUUAGAGCCACUUUUAUGCACGAAACACUCGACCAACCUGUUGAGAAGAGAAAAAUAAUGGGAGAUGCUUCAGAAUCUGCCAUAUUGCGUUAUAUGGAGUUGAAUAGAUCUGCCACUCAAACUCAAAAACAUAAUCCUAAAAAAGCUGAAAUACCUUUUAGUUCGGCAUAUAAAUAUCAAGUCACUAUUCAUUUGCUACAAUCAAAUAAUGCUCAUUAUUUGAUAAUGAAGGGAGCCCCUGAGAUUAUUCUAGAAUACUGCUCCAAAGUUCAUACAGAUGAAGGAGAACAACCAAUAACGCCACAAACCAAAAAGGAACUGAAGUCUUAUUUUAUGAAGAUGGCUAAUAUGGGCGAACGAGUUAUUGGAUAUUGUGAUUUAAAUUUGCCAUUAGAGGGUUAUCCCGUGGGUUACGCGUUUGACACGCAGGAACGAAACUUUCCUCUGGAAGAUUUGGUUUUUGUUGGAUGCGUUUCUAUGAUAGAUCCACCGAGGCAAGGAAUUGAACGAUCUAUUGCACUUUGUAGACAGGCAGGAAUCAAAGUAAUCAUGGUUACAGGCGACCAUCCCGUGACUGCGCUAGCUAUAUCACGUCAGUGCGGAACUAUCACAAAGCCAACCGCCUAUGAUUAUGCAUUUGAACACCAUAUCGAGGUAGCUGACGUGCCUCCACAUAUAAAGAAUCUAUUCGUCUCCACAGUGAUUACCGGUGACGAUUUGAGAAAAAUGAGUGAAAAUGAUUUAAAGGCUGCUCAAGCGAAAUUCUCAGAAAUAACAUUUGCUAGGACCAGUCCCCAGCAGAAACUAUUUAUAGUAGAAUGUUACCAAGCUUUACAGCAUGUAGUUGCUGUUACUGGCGAUGGCGUUAACGAUUCUCCCGCUUUAAAAAAAGCUGAUAUCGGAAUAGCUAUGGGUAUAAACGGUACCGAAGUUUCAAAACAAACAGCUGACAUGAUUCUACUAGAUGACAAUUUCGCUUCUAUUGUUUUGGGCGUACAAGAAGGAAGACGGAUUUUCGAUAAUUUGAAAAAGACUAUUGCAUAUACCCUUACUUCAAAUACACCUGAAAUGUUACCAUUUGUAGUAUACGCUUGCCUCGGAUUGCCUUUGCCCAUGACUUUGAUGUUGAUAUUGGUGAUCAACGUAGGCACAGAUUUGUUGCCGGCAAUGAGUCUCGCGUAUGAAGAUUCGGAGGAAGAUAUAAUGUCACAUCCCCCGCGAAAACCCACAGAUCGGCUUGUUAAUAGAGUGUUGUUGUUUAUGGCUUAUUUCCAAGUUGGGCUUGUACAAUUUUUCGGAAGUAUGUUUGCUUACUUUGUUGUGAUGGCUGAAAAGGGUUUUUUUCCAUCAACACUUAUGCAUAUUCGUGACAAAUGGGAGGACAAGAACGUGAACAUACGUGACACGCUUGGCCGCGAUUGGAUAUUCGAUGAGAGGAAGAAACUGGAGAGGGAAGCUCAGACCGCAUAUUUCGUAGCAGUUUGCUGGACUCAAAUAUCUGAUGUGAUAAUUUGCAAGACAAGGCGUAUUUCAUUACUGAAGAAAGGUAUGAGGAAUCAUGUGUUGAACAUCAGUAUCUUCGUCGACCUGGUGGCGGCUCUGUUUGUGACGUACGUUCCGAUUUGUAACGAGGUGUUCGGCACGGAGCCGCUGUCGUGGUACCAAUUUAUCUUGGCAUUUCCUUUCAUGUUACUUAUGAUUGUCGGAGAUGAGAUUAGGCGAUAUUUAAUAAGAAAUAAUAUUUCCAAGUGGGUCGAAGAAGAAACAUAUUAUUAAAAGAUAGUUUUAAGCUUUUAGUUAGUCUCUGUAUUAUUCGUUAUUUAUUUAU